UUGCCACGUUGCAGAGCUCUAUUAUUUUUGAGGACCCUCUGUCUCAUCUCCAUGGGUAUGUGCCUUUUAUUUUUACUUUUGGGAGAUGGCUCUGGCAGAGAGCCAUUGUCAGAUCAUGUGAUACCACUGCAAUUCUCUAUGGACCUGCCUGGAUGUUUAGCUAUCAUCACUGGAGACUUAAAGGGCAAGAAAAGUGAAGUAGAAGCACUUCUGACAUCAAAGAAAAAGACGAAGGUUUUAUCCACGGAUUUCUACCUUAAUGUGACCGAGGACUGCCCAUCUUACAUUAACUGGAGAGGGUUCGUUACAGUGCCUUUCAGUCAAGAAGAAAGGGAUUUUCCUAUUGCAUAUUCCAUGGUGAUCCAUGACCAAGCGGAGAUGUUUGAGCGACUUCUUCGAGCAGUUUAUGCACCUCAGAAUGUCUACUGUGUGCACGUGGACCAAAAGUCCCCUAAAGAAUUUCACAUGGCUGUCCAGGCUAUUAUUUCAUGUUUUCCCAAUGUGUUUAUAGCAAGUAAAUUAGAAAGUGUGCUGUAUGCCUCGUGGAGCCGAGUGCAGGCUGAUCUUAACUGCAUGACAGAUCUGCUUCAGUCACCCAUCAAGUGGAGGUACCUGCUCAACACCUGUGGGACAGACUUCCCCAUCAAAACUAAUGGAGAGAUUGUAAAGGCACUGAAGGCCCUCAAUGGAAGAAACAGUAUGGAGACUGAGGACACAGUGGGCUUCAAGAAAUUGCGCUGGCAAUAUCACCACAAUAUCUCAGACACUAUCAUCAGGACGGACAUAAAGAAAAGUCCUCCUCCUAUAAGCGGCCCAAUGUUCUCAGGAAAUGCCUACUUUGUGGUCACCAGAGACUUUGUGAAACAUGUGAUGCAGGACAGAAAAAUCCAGUCUUUUAUGGAGUGGGAGAAGGACACGUACAGCCCUGAUGAGCACAUGUGGGCCACUCUGCAGAGGAUGCCCUCUGUUCCCGGGUCAGUUCCUACCAACAUUAAGUACGAUGUGUCAGACAUGCAAGCUAUUGCUCGUGUGGUGAAGUGGAGUUUUUUAGCAGGCGAUGUAAGAAAUGGAGCCCCAUACCCUCAUUGCACUGGCACUUACAGACGAGCGAUUUGUGUAUAUGGAGCUGGCGACCUCUGGUGGCUCCUGAAACAACAGCACCUAUUUGCAAAUAAGUUUGAUCCCACAGUCGAUGAUAUUGCCAUUAGAUGUAUGGAGACAAUUUUACGUCUUAAAGCCUUGGGUAAUGAUCCGUUGCAAAAAGAUCAAUUUUCUGUUAUUCUGUAAUGCUCAUAAUCAUUUGCACUGUUAUGGUAAUACUCCAUAGUUAAUGCAGAUAACGAAGCAUAUUAGAAAUGUACGCAUUUAUUUAUUAUCAAAAUAUCAUUUGAUAUGUAUAUAUACAUAUAUACAUGUAUGUAUAUAUAUAUAUGUAUAUAUGUUACAUUUGAAUCCUGUCAAAACACCUUGUCACUAAAAGGUUGUGGAACUGUUAUAUAAUCAUCUUUCUUGUCACUACAGCAAAACUGGCACUGUAUUAAACUAUUAUAUAUAUAUAAAUAAAUGUAUGCCUAUUUUCUGACUGACUGCUUACUGCAAAACUGUCCAGCAGUUCCUUUGACAGGCUUCAAACUCAGUGGGUGACUUAUUGAGGACACCACUGUGUGCAUUGGGGAAAAAAUGGCUAUGUUUUUCUGAAUUAAUUUGAUUCAUUUUCCUGAAUGGCCACACGGUCCAGUAGUGGUUAGCACUGUUGUCUUACAGCAACCCAGUCCGACCAACACACAGUUUAUACAACUGACUACAAUGUACUAAAAUAAAUAUUGAUUUGGGUUUGCAUCUUGGA